GCCAAGAGGAGGCCUGACCUGGGAAGCGGAACGGGGUCCUGCGGCGGGUCCUUCCGGGGGGUGACAUUCAGCGGGCGUCCGGGGAGACGGACUCUCCAUCCUCUAACCAUGGCCCAGUUUGUCCGUAACCUCGCGGAGAAGGCCCCGGCGCUGGUGAACGCUGCUGUGACUUACUCGAAGCCUCGAUUGGCCACAUUUUGGCACUAUGCCAAGGUUGAGCUGGUUCCUCCAACCCCUGCUGAGAUCCCUACAGCUAUUCAGAGCUUGAAAAAAAUAGUCAAGAGCGCUCAAACUGGUAGCUUCAAACAGCUUACAGUUAAGGAAGCUCUGCUGAAUGGUUUGGUGGCCACUGAGGUGUGGAUGUGGUUUUAUGUCGGCGAGAUCAUAGGCAAGCGUGGCAUCAUUGGUUAUGAUGUUUGAAGACCAAUCUUUAACAUCUGUCUGUAUUUGGUUUGUUAUUUGAGUGUUUUUGGACAAUAUGUGAUCAGACUGGUAUUUGAAUAAAAUAAGAUAAUGUAUCAAAA